CCCAUUGGUCUGUGGUUGUAGGUUAAACAGGAGGAGGGGGGGUCGGUCGUAUUUUUGUUCCUGUGUCAACGAAAAGAAGAAAAGAGCAGUGAGCAGCGAGACCCGGCUAAGUUUUCUAUCAGCGGCUGUCCUUUUUUUACAAUCACAACGGAACAGUUUCCUCAUAUCUGACACCAGCCAGACAUCCAGCUCCUCAGCAGCACUCUUGUUGAAGAUGAACUCCAAUGUGGAGAAUUUGCCUCCUCAUGUUCUUCGCUUGGUCUACAAGGAGGUUUCAGCUUUAGCAGCAGACCCGCCUGAGGGUAUCAAGAUUUAUCCCAGCGAGGAAGACAUAACUGAACUGCAUACAGCCAUCGAAGGACCCGAGGGAACUCCGUUUGCUGGUGGCGUUUUCCGAAUGCGCCUGGUCCUCGGGAAGGACUUCCCUGCGGUUCCACCCAAGGGGUAUUUCCUGACCAAGAUUUUUCACCCCAACGUCGGUCACAAGGGAGAGAUCUGUGUCAACGUGUUGAAGAGGGACUGGAAGGCAGAGCUCGGCCUCAGACACGUCUUACUUACGAUCAAGUGUCUUCUCAUCCAUCCGAACCCUGAGUCGGCUCUGAACGAAGAGGCCGGGCGUUUGCUGUUAGAGGACUAUGCAGAAUAUGAGUCCCGAGCUCGUCUGCUCACAGAGAUCCACGCCAUGGGCGGGCCCGGCGGGACCUCUGGGGCUCCUCAGGACCCUAAUGAUGGCCCACAGCCGAAGAAGCACGCAGGUGACCCCACGAAGAGAGCGGGGCCUAGUGCGGCAGCUGUGCCAGCAGCUCUGGGUAACGGAGCUAAUGGAGCCAGCACCACCACCAGCAAUAGCAACAUCAGUAGUAGCACUAAUAACGUAGCAGGGAAAAAGAAAGCCGAUAAAAAGCGCGCAUUGAGGCGACUUUAAUACCUCAGCGAAAUUCUCAGUGUGUGUGUAUGUGUGUGAGUGCGAGAGUGUGUAAAUAUAAAUAUUGAAGUGUGCUGACGAUGUUUUUGUUCUCCACUUUUUUUCUGAAUCUUUCUACCACGUACCCAGACUGUCCGCUUUGUACUCAUACCUUUACAUGCUGUCUUGCCACCACUUUGUCCUGUUGGCAUUACAGAUUUCGUUAAUUAUUUCCAUACCUAAAGACACGAUGAAGAAUAUCAGUUCCUCUUUUUUAAAGGAAAGACGACCCCUUCGCUGCAGAAAUCAUGCCAUCUGUUGUAUUUUGCCCCCCCUCCCCUCCGGCCUAGCGUGAAUGAAUGAUACACGGAAUGGGUUUCACUGUGCAAAACAUGGCAUCUAGUGUCUGAGACAUAACCACUCGUCUCGUCUCAGCUCUUUUUCAAAGUGCUUCUUGGUAAACGCUGCUGUGAUGGUACUGUGUACUGCUCAGCAAGGCUCGCUCACCAAGUCUAAACCAGGAUGUUACUUUAAUUCAGUCAGGUUUUCAAAUUGAGCUCAAAGGAAAUAAUGAAAAGAAGUCGCUGAACAAUUAUGCAAGAAGUUGGUGGGUUCACUAUUGGGAGAGAAAUGUUGUCAAUAUCACACAAAACGGUAACAUCUUUUUAAAUUGUAUUUUUCAUAUUGUGAUCUGAAUGAAGUAAAGGUAUGGAAAGAGUUAGCAGUGGAGUCUAAAAGGUCUGUUCAUGAAAUCUCAACCCCCUUUUUAAGUUUUUCUAAAAUUGUUUUCACUGUCCAGUAUUUUCAAAAGUUGUUUAUAAUUGACAUGUUCAUAUUCAGCUGUCUUGUGGUUGUAUGUGAAGACUUAGAUCGGUGGCUUUAAGGGAACAGGGUAGGCUGCCAGACUACUUUAUAUAUAUUAUUAAAAAAAUGAAUGAAUCAUUUAUUCUCUGUAUUAAGCAUACAGUGGUGUGACUCGUUUAAACUACCCCUCGCUACCCUACAAAGCAGUAUGUGCUCUCACAUACCCAGCUGUCCAAACCAGCCAUGUGGGUACCUGAGAAGACAUCUGUAG